UACUUAAGUGUUGAGAUAGACAGCACAGUCUAAUCUAAAAAUUAAGGCUUUAUUUUUAAAAGAACUCCUAGGUUGCAAGUCAAACUUUGGUUAACAGUGUUUGCAUAGUAAACAUCAACUGGACAUUAAUUCAUAAGGAUGGAUCAUAAUUAGUUUACCAAUGAUAUUUGAGGUUAUUUUGAAUUUAAAAUAUUUUUCAGCUAUUUUUGAAGUGUUAUUUUUUAAAUGCCCACGCACCAAGGAAGAAGACUUCAUAAAGAACUUCAGCGCAAUCCCUGUGUAAAACAAAAAAAAAACAUUUCUAAUAAUUGGACAGAACAGUUUAAAUGUGUCUGCAGUCUCGCUUAAUCCAUAGAUUCUUUCCAUGGUACCAUUGCUUUCCUAUAGUGUCAGUAUGGAGCAUUUUUAGAAAAAAGGGUCAGCAGCGGUUGGAGCUGAUGAAGCUGAAGAAGCCAGGUGUGCUGACAGGAUGCCGCCCCAGUUAGCACAGGGGUUCCUGUUUACAGAUGUUUGUACUUCAGUGGCUUUGUUGAUAAGAGUACUUCGCUUGGGGCAUCGAAGAAAUGUAUGCCGUUGUGUAGAAAUCCUGCAGGAGCUGGAUGAGUAUUACGAGAAGUUCAAGCGGGAGACGGACGGCGCCCAGAGGAGAAGGGUGCUGCCCUGCAUUCAGAGGGCGCUGAUUCGGAGCCAGGAGCUGGGCGACGAGAAGAUCCAGAUCGUGGGUCAGAUGGUGGAGCUGGUGGAGAACCGGGCCAGGCAGGUGGACAGCCACGUGGGGCUCUUUGAGGCAAAUCAAGAGGUCAGUGACACCACUGGCCACAGCAGAGCUGGCCAGGAUAAGUCAAAAUCGGAGACAGUCGCGCAGGCGGAAAAGCCCAACAGCAAGCGGUCCCGGCGACAGCGCACCAGCGAGAACCGGGAAAACGCAGCUAGUAAUCACGACCAUGAUGACAUCACCUCCGGAACGCCUAAGGAGAAGAAGGCGAAGGCCUCCAAGAAGAAGAAACGCUCCAAGGCCAAAGCCGAGAGGGAGGCAUCCCCUGCGGACCUUCCCAUUGACCCGAACGAGCCCACGUACUGUCUGUGCAAUCAGGUCUCCUAUGGAGAGAUGAUCGGCUGUGACAAUGACGAGUGCCCCAUCGAGUGGUUCCACUUCUCCUGCGUGGGGCUGAACCAUAAACCCAAGGGCAAGUGGUACUGCCCCAAAUGUCGAGGGGAGAACGAGAAGACCAUGGACAAGGCCCUGGAGAAGUCCAAAAAGGAGCGGGCCUACAACAGGUAGUGGCGGGCCUGGCUGGCCCGAGGCGAGCAGGACGAGCUGAGUAUUUAUUGCAUCGCCACCUGGACGGGCGUGGGGACUGCACGUGUAGUCUUCUAAAGACUGUUGGAAGAGGAGCUCUUCCUCUCGUAGGGACGACCGGGGUUCUCUUUGCUUUUCCCUUGGUGCACAUGUGUAACGAGAGAGUGGUCUGUGGAUAAGCAUUUUAGAAACUGCAAAUAUAGGUUUGAAUUAAACACUCGAGUGGGUCUCUGGUUUCUGUUGUUGUUGGGAGUCGGGGAUGACUUGGAAGCAACCGAACACAUUAAAUGUGGAAAGAAGAAAUUUCACUUAGCUACUAUGUUAUUUUUUAAAAAAUGUUAUUACUUCACGAACAGAUUUUUAAAAAGUUAGCCAAGUUGCUGAAAAUAUAACCCAUAGCAAAUUUGUUUCUUGCUAUAAUAGUGUAUAUCCAUGUAACAAUUCAAUAGAAAGGUUUAAAGUUUGAAAAUCAUUUUUUAAAAAAGCUAAAUGGUUACAUUUUACCUGACAAACGUUUUAUAUGCUGGCCUGUUCCCCAAAUGGCCAUUUUUAAUGAUUAGGUACAUUUUUUAAUUAAACCAAACAGGAGUGGUCCAGUCCUGGAGCUUCAGAUCACGCUUUUGCUAUCAACAAAUACUAGUGUAGCUGUCUUUAGCUUACAUAAGGUGUACAAAUGUGCAUUUUCAAGUGAACUUGCACUCGCUGUAUUAUAGUCAGAAGUGCAGCCAGAUGCCGUUGUGUGCAUGAGAGCCAUAUAGACUUGACAUCAAGAAAUAAACGCAACUCGGCCAGUUUGUUCAUCUACCAGUAUAUUUAAUCUUGACAUAAGUGUUAAAUUUUUGUCUUAAAAAUGUGUACGCCAGCGGCUUAGACAAAGCCUUAAGCAAAUUUUGUAUUAUUGUUCUCACUUAAUAAUGAAGUAGAAGUUAUCUGAUUGCCAGCAAAAAAUAAGUGUUAAAACAGAGUAUAUGUUUAGACCAGGGGUGGGGAAAUUACUGCCCACAGACCAAAUACAGCCCACCACCUGCUUUUGUGUGGUGUGUGAGCCAAGAAUGAUCUUAACAUUGUUAAAUGGUUAAAAAAAAAAAAAAUCAACAUGAGAAUCCAAUUUCGUGACAUAUGAAAAUUAUAUGAAAUUCAAGUUUUAGUGUCCGUAAAUAAAGUUUAUUGACACAGCCAGGCUCAUUCACUAGC